AUGGCAACCACAGCUCCUGCUGCCGCGGCAGCGCCGCAGAAUGCUGCUUUCAGGGAUAAGGAGAAGCCCAUGGCUGUCCGGUCGUCCAACAUCGUCGCCGCGAGAGCCGUCGCCGAUGCCGUCAGGACGUCCCUGGGACCGCGGGGUAUGGACAAGAUGAUCCGGAGCGGGAAGGGAGAGACCAUUAUCACCAACGACGGCAGCACAAUGCUGAAGAGCAUGUCGGUCAUGCACCCCACAGCCAAGAUGCUUGUCAACCUAUCGAACGCACAGGAUGUUGAGGCAGGUGAUGGAACGACGUCGGUGGUUGUCAUCUGCGGCAGUCUCCUGGGCGCUGCCGACCGGUUGCUGUCCAAGGGCAUCCACCCCUCAGUCAUCUCCGAGUCCUUUCAAAGAGCUGCCGCAGCAGCAGUGCAAGUCCUGCACGACAUGUCCCAGCCCAUCUCUCUAUCAGACAACGCUGCUCUCCUGCAAGCCGCCAAUACCUCCCUCUCCUCCAAGAUCGUGUCGCAGUACUCGAACCUGCUCGGGCCCAUGGCUGUCAACGCCGUCACCAAGACAAUCAACGUCAAGACUGCCGACAACGUGGACCUGCGGAACAUUAGGAUAAUAAAGAAGGUCGGAGGAACGAUCGAGGACAGCGAGCUGGUCGACGGUCUUGUCUUGACACAGUCAGUGCUGAAGAACGCCGGCGGUCCUGUGAGGAAGGAGAAGGCGAAGAUUGGUCUCAUCCAGUUCCAGCUCAGUGCUCCCAAGCCUGAUAUGGAGAACAGCAUCUCCGUGAACGACUACCGACAGAUGGACAAGAUCGUCAAGGAGGAGCGCCUGUACCUGCUGAACAUGGCCAAGAAGAUCGCCAAGGCCAAGUGCAACGUCCUGCUCAUCCAAAAGUCGAUCCUGCGCGACGCCAUCAACGACCUUUCCCUCUACUUCCUCAACAAGCUCAACAUCAUGGUCAUCAAGGACAUUGAGCGGGACGAGGUCGAGUUCAUCUGCAAGUCGACCGGCUGCAAACCCAUCGCCGACAUCGACUCGUUCACCGAGGACAAGCUGGGCAGCGCCGACCUCGUCGAGGAGGUGCAGUCAUCGGGCUCCCGCAUGGUCAAGGUGACGGGCACAAAGUCGACGGGCAAGACGGUCUCGGUCGUCUGCCGCGGCGCCAACUCGCUCAUCCUCGACGAGGCCGAGCGCUCGCUCCACGACGCGCUCUGCGUCGUGCGCUGCCUGGUCAAGAAGAAGGCGCUCAUCGCGGGAGGCGGCGCCGCCGAGAUCGAGAUCGCGGCGCAGCUCAACCGCCAGGCGCGCGAGCUCACGGGCACCGAGGCCAUCUGCUGGAAGGCCUUUGCCGACGCGCUCGAGGUCGUGCCCACGACGCUGGCCGAGAACGCCGGGCUCAACCCCAUCAAGGUGGUGACGGACCUGCGGCACCGGCACGAGAUGGGCGAGAAGAACGCCGGCGUCAGCAUCAAGUCGGGCGGCGUCAACUCCAACAUCGCCAAGGAGAACGUGCUGCAGCCGCUGCUGGUCAGCACGAGCGCCAUCGAGCUGGCGGCCGAGACGGUCAAGAUGAUCCUGCGGAUAGACGACAUUGCCCUGACGAGGUAA